AUCAAUUCAAGAUCAAGUACAGCCAAGUGCAAUCAAGCAAACCCCAAAAAACCCAAAACACCGACUUCCGGGAGGAGUCCAGCACAUUUGCCAAAAUGACCGACCGCCGCUACGGAAACCGCACCUACGACAACUACGAUACUACAGGUACAACCUACGAUACCACCGGAACUAGCUAUGAUCCUACUGGUUACAGCACCUACGGCACUACCGGUGUCUAUGACGCGGGAUAUGGCACCACCACCUAUGACCCCAGCACCGGUGCCUACGACCAGCAUCUAGAUUAUCGCACCGAUGAUGCCCGCCGCCAUCACCGCGAGCGACUUGAUGAUACCGGCGUCUACCGCCAUCGGGACGUUGACCGCCACGAUGAUGGUACCACUCAUGUUCACCGAGAGUACGAUAACCCCAACACCGGUACCAGCUAUCACCGGGAUUAUGAGCGGUAAAAUAUUAAAGCAUUAAUAAUGGGAGGAGUCGGUCUUAGAUUCGCAUCUAAGCUUGUGUAUAGAGGUUCAUGACUUCACGACUCCGACGAGAAUGAUGGGAGAAUCUACAAAAAAAGGCACAAACUGAUUGAAAAAAG